AUGGUUCAACUACGAAAUAAUGCAUUAAAUGCACAGCAAUUAUUAAAUAAUAACCACAGUGAUGAUGAAUAUAGCAAUAAGAAUUAUAGUGAGUCUAAUAGCAAUAUUAGUAGUGAUGAAAUGUUUGAAGACAAUAUAAUGAUGGAUGAAGAAGAGGCAGAAGAUAUUGUUAAUAAAUUACUUAAGCAAAGAAAAAAACCGAAAAGGCCCCUUGUUUAUAUAGAAAAUUCCAUAAGAACUUACCAACAAAAACAUCUUGAAAAGAAUAGUUUCAAUAAUAAUGAUGAGUUAGAAAAUAGUGAAUUAUAUGAUGAACGAUGUCAAGAUGCAGAAAUUAUUGAUGUUAAAAAUGAUAAAAACAUAAAAAAUGCAAUCGAACAAAUUGAAAACUUAAUAAAAUAUGAGAAACCUUAA